GUGUGACGACCAACAGGUGUUUCGUCUUGUGAUAGCAAGAAGGCGCCAAGCGCGAUGCGUAUUGCAUCAUCAGUAUUAAAAGUAGGUGGUGUACUGUUUUCUCUGACGUAGGGUUUUAUUUACACGUUUAUGUAAUAACCUACAUUACCUAAUAAAAAAGUUUAUUAAUUAAAAACACAUGAAAUAUAACAUUUCAAAAACUUUUUUUCCGUUUGCCUAGUGGCCAUCUAUUUAUCUUCAUGUGUAUAACGAAUUGGAUGAGGCUGGACAGGAGUGGAAGUGAAGUUUUUCACCCCUCCCGUAGAGAUGCUCACAGCUGAACUCCAGUGGCAGCCUCAGUAACACACGUCCCCUUGGAGACUAGAGCAACACGUGAUGCGUCUACUUAUCACGUUCACUGAGCAGCGCUCAGGAACACACUUUGAGGAAAAAGUGACUUUUCUGAACUUCAUUCGUCGCAAGUGUCGAUGGCCAUCAUCGCUUUAGGGAGCUAAAACAGUAAACGUUGUGAUCUAUCCAGUUGGCGAACUUUGCACAUCCUCAAAUGCGCCAUUUUGAUCGCUCUCCGGAACAAGUUUGUAGUUUUUUUCGAAGUCCAUCAUCUCUUUUCACCAUCACCAUGUCUUAGCGCAGUCUGCCCAACCCCGACAAAGUCAAACUAUGAGCAGAGGUCGCUGUCCCUCGUCCUGUGCCCGUGACCCUGUGCCUUCCUGACCCAGUGACGUGUUCAGCCCAGACCUUAAAAUGGAAAUGGAGCACGCCUCCCCACAAGAGUGUGUCAACACCAGUUUCGGUGCUGUUGACAUGACCGAAGAAGAGCCGGUGAAUAAUCAGCCAUCCACACAUAUACCUGAAACUGCAGAAGAAAACCUGGCGAGAGAGGCAAACUGUGAUGGAAUGGACAAGCAAUCACAUGCACACGUGGCAGAAGAAGAAGAAGAAGACGACGACGGUGGAGUUAGAGGAGAGGAGGAACUGACCUCAAUCAACUCCAUGAUGAGUACUGUGAUGAAUGUGGGCCAGAUCAAUGGAGUCAAUUCAGAUUCCACCAGAACAUCUCCCAAAAUGACCAGCAAACUUAAUCGUACCGGGAGAAGAAAUCAGGAAGGCAAGGACGACCGCUCAAGCUUCAUUUGCCCCCUGUGUAACAAAAACUGUAUGACACAGCACCAACUCACUAUGCAUAUCAGACAGCAUAAUACAGACAGUGGCGGCACUGACCACUCUUGCAGUAUCUGUGGAAAGGCCCUGAGCUCAGCCAGUUCUCUCGACCGCCACAUGCUGGUACACAGUGGAGAGAGGCCAUACAAGUGUAACAUCUGUAACCAGACUUUCACCACCAAUGGAAACAUGCACAGGCACAUGAAAAUUCAUGAAAAGGAUGCAAAUAGUACUUCUACCCCCAGUUCUUCCCCAUUGAACAAGCGCCGCAGACCCUCCGUUAAAAGAAAGCCGAGUGUGGAUGAAGAGGGGGAGCAGGCGGAUGAGCCACCAAUCAAAAAGGUAAUGUUGAUGCAAACGACUGAAGAGCUUGUUUCGGUCAAGAAUGAAGAAGAGCUCCAUCAUUGCCCCAUCUGCUUUAAGACAUUCAUCUGUAAAUAUGGUCUAGAAAGUCACAUGGAGACACAUCCUGAGAGUAUACUUAGGUGUAACACUUGUUGCAUUACCUUUCGGACACACCGUGGUCUCCUUCGCCAUAACUCCAUUGUUCAUAAGCAAAUGCCCACAGAUCCCACCGGACGACCCUUUAUUCAGAGUAACCCCUCCAUCCCUUUGGGUUUUGGUGACUUGGCUUUCAUUGACUUCAGCUGUCACAAGUUUCCCCAUAUUGCACAGGUCUGGUGUGAGACCAACUUGCGACGCUGUGCCAGCAAGUUCCACAAAUUUGUUUGUGACGUCUGCAACAAAGCCUUUCCUCUUCAGCAGUCUCUGGAUCUUCACAAAUCAUCACACAAAAGUAGCGCCGACACCAAUGCUGAACCUCAGGAACCAAAUGCAGAUGCUGUUAUGGAUGCACCCAAAGUCAACUCUCAUUUUGUGGUGUCCAAGAAGGUCAAUGAACACGUUGACACUACUGCUACAGAUGGGAAGAAAGGUUUCAUGGAGAGUCUGGGUCUCCAGCACUCCUCUUUGGCCAAGCCAGAGAAAUCCGGGGAGCAAAUCCAGCAAGAGAUUCUGGACAGCAUUCGUUUCAUUCGCGUUGAGCAGCCUUCAACAAAUCUACCUCAAGAAGCCAGCAGCGGCCUCGGGAUCUCGCUUUCAGAACCCGUCUCUCUUCAAAGCAUGAACAAGAACGCUGCCCUCAGCCUCUUGUCGCUGCAGCCCCUACAUGGUGUUGUCAGUGGCAGUAUGCUUGUACCAAUAAGUGGUCAAGCUGCGGUGGAGCUUGCAGACAUUGAACAAAUCCUUAAGAUCGCCACCUCGGUGCCUUCUCAGAUAUCUUUAUCCCUGCUCCCCAAAGUUCAGGGCAGCCCUUUACAGGUGGAACCCAAACAGAUUGCUUCGUUGAAACCUAAGCCCCUCCUAAUUACUCCCCGAUCCAGCAUGGGUGCUUCAACACCCCCUCCACCUAUUAUGAACGCCCAGAAGGCCUCAUCGGGCAACAUCAGUCCUAGCCUUCCGCCCCAAACGGGUCAACAGCCGAGAACUGCCAGACAAUCUUCCGCAUCCUCUUCUUCCUCAACCUCAUCCUCUCCAACGAACUGGGAGGGGCCAGAUGUCAUAGGAAGCACGAUUAUCUCAUAUGACACUGCAACUGGAAAGAUCAAGCAAGAAGAAAAAGAACUGAGAGCGCUGAGCAAGAAGACCGCCAAGACAGAAUAUCCAUGUCGGUUUUGUAAAGAGGUCUUUUCAUUCUUAGGGGGGCUUCAGGCUCACAUGCGGCAUCAUCUGGGGGCAUCGCCCUAUCAGUGCACUAUUUGUAGCUACUCAGCUCCUGACAAAGCAACGCUGAUUCGACAUCUCAGAACGCACAGCGGUGAGCGUCCAUACGUCUGUCGCAUCUGUCACUACCCUUUCACUGUGAAGGCUAACUGUGAGCGCCAUUUGCGCAAGAAACACAUGAAGAACACGCGCAAGGAGAUCGAGAAAAACAUUGAAUACGUAACCACCUCGACUAGUAUAAGUAGUGUGUUUGGGAGCGCUACACUGGACCUUCUUGACACAACCGUCACCGGCAACACAUCUUGUCGCUUUUGCGGUGAAGACCUUAAGAACUACCGAGCCCUUCAGAUUCAUCUGCGAACGCACAACGGCUGUCAACGAAAGCCAUUCGAAUGUCGCCAGUGUGGGGCGGCGUUCCUUGCUAAACGAAACUGCAUUCUGCAUCUGCUGAAGCAACACCCGGAGGUUCCUGAAAAGGAAAUUGAAGACCACAUCAAAAGUCUUAUACCCAUUGGCGAAGAUCAGGUUAACCAUCAUACUUCUUCCUCAAAUGGAUUGGUUAACAGUAGUGUUCCUCAAGGUUCCACUGUUAGACCUGUUGACCAGGAUCAGCCUUUAGAUUUCUCUAGCAAGUCUCAAAAAGUAAUUGGCUCAGAUGAUAAGCUGAAAGGAACCACAACAUCCCCUUUGCUCAACGACUGCUGUAUGGAGCCCAUUGAUCUCUCCAUACCCAAGGAUCCAGCAAAGAAGAGGAAGAUGAAAGAAACUGCUAACAGCACAUACCUGAGCCGUCAAGAUAUAAAGAAAGAACAGAUCUCUCCAAGAACAGACAACAAUUCUGCAGUUCUGGCCCUCUCCAUUUCUAAUCUGGCCUCUGCUUUAUCCGCCGACAUAACCAAGCCUAUUACUCGCCUCAAGCCACUGCUACCAAAACCAUCUGCCGUUUCCAGUAUUACCGAAAUGCCACCUUUAGCCUCUAUUGCUCAGAUUAUUUCCUCUGUGUCUGCUACCCCAGUGCUAAUUGAAAAGGGUACGGAUGCCAGCAACGGUAUUAGUGUAAUGGAAUUCAAUACAGUAAUUGACAAGAAGAUCACCAUGAAUCCCGAUUACGGCCCUUCUCCCGAUAACUCGAAGAGGAUAUGCAAGAAGAGAUCAUUUCAGGAUGAGAUCUGCGAUUCGAAAUCGGCAUCAAGCGGUGGAAUAGAUCUGGAGUCAAGUGGAGAGUUUCCCAGUGUGGAGAAGAUGCUGGCCACCACUGAUUCAAAUAAAUUCAGUACCUAUUUACAACCCAAUCAGAUGGAGCCGGUAAAGGAAGAGAAAGAGAUGCAGUCAGAGUUUAAGGAGGAGAUGAUGGAGGGAAGGGAGGACAAGCCAAAGAAACCUUCGCAGAGCAAAGGAAAGAAGAACGCUUAUUCAAAUUCAGCACAGAAAAUGACAUGCCCUUACUGUCCACGACUGUUUCCCUGGGCCAGCUCAUUACAAAGACACAUGCUAACACACACAGAUGAACGUCUUUGCAGACCGUUUACAUUGAUGGACAGCUACAUUACACACUGCAAUAAAGGUCAGAAGCCAUAUCCUUGUCCUCAGUGUGAGGCGUUCUUUUCUACGAAGUCGAACUGUGAGCGCCACCUUCUCCGAAAACAUGGAGUAUCUAAUCGAGGUCUUCAACACAAUGCAUCUCGAACCAAACCCAAGGCUGAUGAAGGAUCUCAAGGAAGUACGGGUACUAAUGAAAGUAUAUCUGACACUGAACCUCCUGCACCUGGGGAUGCUACUGAUCUGAGCACAGUCAACCCUAACCAAGAGGAGAAGUUCUCAUCACCCGAACAAUCACCAGAACAAACAAAACAAUCGGCCACAGAACAAACAGAUAGCACCAGAGAUCCAAUCAAAACACACGCAGCCGACGCAAACCCUGAGACGAUCCAAAACGACGACGAUGACUCUCAAAGCAAUAAAAGUCUUGAUAUGAACCUCGCCAACACGCUUGUAGACUUCAAGCUUUCCCAAGAAGUGCAACACCAGCCUAAAUUAACCGAAGCCAUUCCAGAACCGGUCGGUCAGGUGGAGGAAUUCCCUCACACUUGUGCUACCUGCAAGAAGACCUUUCGCCACGCAGCUACUCUCAGCCGGCACCAGAAAACUCAUGUUCAGGAGGUCCAUCAGGAAGAUGGAGGUAAGAAAGGAAGACGACAACCUACCGAGUCAAACCAAACCCAGAUCGCAGCUCCUAAAAAAGAGCUGGAGGAGGAGGCCAAGGUAGAAGUUACUGAAAAGGAAGAGGAGAGCAGCUGUGUGGAGAGCGGUGCAGAGGAAGAGAAGAAAGAGAGGGAUGAGAUUGAGAGUGAUGAUGAUGAAGAGCUCAGGGCUUUAGAAGAAGAAAGUGACCGGGCUGGAGGCAAAACCGAUAAGAGGAAGAAGGUCUGUGCUGUGUGCAGCAAACGUUUUUGGAGCCUGCAAGACCUGACUAGACACAUGCGCUCACAUACCGGUGAGAGACCUUACAAGUGCCAAACUUGUUUCCGCACCUUUACUCUGAAACACAGUCUGGUGAGGCACCAACGUGUCCACCAGAAACUCACUGAUGAUAAAGGAACCGAUGAGGCAGAAACGAAUGAAGAAAAUGACGGCGCGGGAGAUGACACUGCAGCUCUGGAGGAAAAAGAGGUCAAGUGUCCAUCUGGAAGUGAAAGUGAAGCAACAGCUCCACUCCAAACUGAAUAUGAAAGCGAGGGAGCUGAGCUGCCCCAAGCAGAGGACAGUGAAGACGACGUAGUGGAGAAGCAGGAACCCGAAGAACAUGAAGACAAGAAGAUGGAUUUUGCUGAAGAGCCUUCCAAAGACCCUCAGCCAGAUGGGGCUGAACAGGAUGAACCUCAAAUGGAGGAGCCUUUGAUCCAUGUUGCCUUGGAAGAAACCCAAUCAGGCUGUGACCCAGAACCUGCAAAAAUCAGUCUCUAGCGUACUGUGGUGCCUCAGGAAAUUGAUUUUGUGCCAUUGUUUAUCAGAAAAACUACAAAAAGUAUGGCAUAUCGCAACAUUUGUCUUAUACAGUAUGUAUACGAUGGAGAAUUUCUGAUGCCUUAAUGCUAUUUAGAGGAGAGACCUGGAUCAUCUCAACUGGAUGGUAGCAUUUUAAUCCUAUUUAUAUGAUUUUUUUUAACAAAUCAUAUAAAGCCUUUAUAUUACAAUAAGAACAUUUGUAUGAUAAACAGAAGAUUUAUAUAUCAGCAUUAAAAUGUAUUAUUCUUAAGUUUUUAGUCAAUAAGUUUAUCUUGUGAAAUCGAAAGUGCCUGACUCAUUUUUACUUUUUGAGGAUUGGCUGAUUACAUUUAUGAUAAAAUUGCUGUUAAGUUCUGUAAUUUAGCUUUAUAUUUGAUUUUGGGUGAUCAACGUCAAUCGGUUUAUUGGCAAUAUUUGCCUAUUCUUUGUAUAUUAUCCUCCAUCUUUGAGCCUCGUUGACAAAUGAUGCAUUGCAGACGUGUGUAUGAAUUACUGGAAGUCUUGAAACAGCACCCUCUUGUGGCACAAAGCGUAAAGUAUUAAAUUGCAAAGACUGUGGAUCAAAGAGACUAGAGACUCGCAUACAAAGAGAUGAACACAGUAUGUAUUUGAUGUCAGUGUGAAUCGGAGUGCCUUUUGUGUAUCUAUACAGUGUGAUUUGUGUUUGCCGCCUUGGGUUUUGUGCUACUGGAAAUCUUCCUAGGAUUCAUUCUGACUUUAUCAGCACUGGUAUUCAUUCACACUAAUGAUCUAAAAGGUAUCAUCAUUAAUAAUCAAUUACUGUCUUAUGUAGAAAGGAUAUUAUUUUAUCCUCAAACAAAAACACUUCAUACCGUUUUACACUAAUGUUGCAAUAUAGUGUGGGUUUUAGGACCUACAGAACUCCUAAUUUUCCAUUGACAGAUUUAUAAUGGAUGGAUUGGUUUCCAAAUCGUCUUAGUGUGGAAAUGUUUUCAGUUAAUGGAAUUUAAAACCAAUGUAUAAUUUAAAAAAAACCUUGUAAAUUAACCAGUCUUUGUUUUGGCUGAAAAACAUUUUUCUUUUUUGUUUUGUGUGUGUGUGUGUAAUGAUUUAUGUACUUGUAAAUGUGUGUGAGUGUGCACAGUUAUGUCAAUGAUAGUAAACACUGAACAUUU